CCCUUAACCAGCAUUCUCUCUCUCAUCUCUGUUUCCAGUAUUUCUAAUACAGUUUCGCAUUCCAUAGCAGCAUUUGAUUUCAUAAUUGCUGUACCAUUCUAAAUCAUACUUUGCCACAAAUUAUCUCCCGAGACCCUAGACCAAAAGAUAUUGUUGGUACAUGGAGUCCGAAAGUGGAGUUCCGGUAGAGGUGGAAAAGAUUGUAGUGGCUGAAGAAGAAAAUGUGGAUGUGAAGAAAGAGGAGAACAUUAGUGAGAGAGGCCAUGAGAACGAAGCUGGUAAGAAUGAGGAGAAAGUUGAUGAGACACCAACUGAAUUGUCUCAGAAUGUUCCGAAAAGUAAAGCAUCAAAUCAACGCAAGGUUUCAAUUGUUGGUACUAUAAAGAGCAAUAAAACGGCUAAGGAUCAGGCUAGUGUACAAGGCUCAUCUGCAUUGACUCGUUCGAAAAAGGGAAGAAUGAGUAAAAGUUUGUCCUUCCCUGCAAGAGGUGGCGGUUCUGACCUAACAAGGAAGAGCAUCGACGUUCAUACAAAGAAAUCUGAUGUUAAACCUUGGAUACCAAAUGGAGUAACACAUGAACCUUCACAUUCGAAUGGAACAGUUUCAUCAGCUUCUCGUUUAAAUCCGGCUACCAAGGGUGCAACUGGAGGUGGUAUAACCACCAGAAGAACAACUGUAGGAUCUGUCCCGAGUCUUCGUCAAUCUCUGUCUGGAAAGUCUGUUUCAGCCAGUAAAAUUGCAAAGAAAGCUAUAUCUGAAGGAUUAAAUGAUGAAAACACAAAACCUACUAAAGCUACAUCGCCUCUUAAAGACGAUGAGGAUGCUCGUUCUGCUACUUCCUCCAAUACCACUCGUACCAGUACUGGUGGAUUUUCCUUCAGGUUGGAAGAACGUGCUGAAAAGCGAAAGGAGUUCUUGGCAAAGAUGGAAGAGAGGAUACAGGCAAGAGAAGAGGAAAAGAAUAACUUGCUAGCAAAAUCGAAGGAAAACCAAGAGGAAGAGGUAAAGCAAUUUAGGAAGAGCUCGACUUUUAAAGCUACACCAAUGCCCAACUUCUACAAGGAACCCCCUCCUAAAGUUGAACUGAAGAAGAUACCAACAACACGCGCCAUAUCUCCUAAGCUUGGAAGAAAUAAGAACUCCAUAUCCGCAACUAAUGGCUCCGAAAGUGGAGGGUCGUCUUUCAGUCCAAAAGUGAUCAAGGACCAGAGUAAGUCACCCAGGGCCAGUAAAGAUACUGUUGCGUCAAAAGGGAAGCCUGUUGAAAUCAAAAAGCCAGUGAAGAAUUCGCAGACUACCUCUCAAUCUCCAAAAAUCUCGACCGCUAAAGGAAAAUCUGCUGAAACAAAAUUAAAACCUGCUGAAGCAAAGAAUUCAGAUGAGAAAACAGAAGAAAUGGAUAUUCAACCUGACUCUGACCCUAAGCCUGAAAUGAAUUCAGUAGAAGACAAUGUGGCAUGUCCGUCAAAUCCAGUCGUCGUACAAGCUGAAGUUACUGUUGAAGGUUAAGGAACUUACUGAAGGUCUCUUCUCCUGUAUUUAUUUAUAGGCCUUUUUGUUCUCUGGAAACUUUGGUGCUUUGUUGAGUUGUGAAUAUGGUGUGUAUCCCGCGGUUACAAGUUGUACAUGUUGGUUCUUAGCUGUUUUAUUCUUUUCAAAAAAUUCAGUACAAUGGUGUAUCAUUUUUUUCUUCUUUCAGUUCAUGUGUUAAACUUCUUCAUUGUCAAAGCUAGAUUCCACACCUCAUUUGCUUUUCUUUCAAUGUAUCAUUCUGAACUUUUAUGUCUGGUUUUACUGAAUGCACAAUUUGUUCUCCUGGUUC